UCUUCUAAAUAUUCAUUGACUCAAGCCAGAGCCCUUCUCUGCAUUCUUGCACCUUCCUACUCUCAAACUCCUCAAGCAUUAUCCCAGCUUCUCUAAUUAUUUUUGGCUCAUUUCUUCGCCUAAUCGAGUAAUGGCAUCCCUGACUUCGUCGCGGAAUUCCAACUCCUCCUGGACGCUGAAGCAGAACAAGCUAUUUGAGAAUGCCCUGGCUGUGUACGAUAAGGACACACAGGACCGGUGGCACAAUUUGGCCAAGGCUGUGGGUGGAAAAUCAGCCGAGGAAGUCAAGAGGCACUAUGAGAUUCUGGUGCAGGAUCUCAUGCAUAUAGAAUCUGGUCAAGUCGCUCUACCCAAUUACAGGGCCACUGGAAGCAACUCCAGACUCUAGAAGUGCUGAUCAUGAGUGAGGCUUGGGAAAAAUCUGAAGAUAUGAUGAACAAAUGUGACCAUAUGCAAUAUUGUUCUGUGAUGCUGCCUAUCUAUUAGUCCUACCAAGUACCAAGUGUGAAUGUGAUACCAGUUUCAAGGACUAACCCUAUGUGUUUAUUAUUUUUAGUUA